AUGGCUCCGAGACGGGCAUACUCGUCCCUGUUGUCCAACAGCGCGGUUGACGAGGACUUGUGGAAGCGCUUCGACAAUGACGAGGAAAUCACGGCUGACUUACCACCACCAGUAAAAGACUCUACCAGCAUGGCUUCCUCCGCAGCAGACUCGAAUCCUUCUGUGGACCUUUCGGUGGCGGACCAAGAACAAGCAUUCGCAUAUCUCUUGGACCGCUCCAUUGAGAGCAUUCUCCAUGACAUGCUUCUGGAGAUACACCAAGAAGAGAAGAUUGCUCGGAUGCAGACGGCUGCUAUUGAGGUCGAACAGAAAGCCGAGAAGCUUAGAAGUGCUCACGACGACGCUACGGCGGACGAUGAGCCGGUGGAGACAGAAGCCGCCAUUCUCAAGGCUGGCAAAGUCCAGCUCAAAGGCAAUCCAAUGAAAACCGUCAAGCACAUCAGAUGUCCGAAUUGCCGACUCCGCCGCCUUCUUUAUCCCCGGGUAGGAUUCAACUCGCGGCCCGUGCCGGAUCCCACAGAGCAGUAUUGCAAGACGGAACCGAUGAUCAUCCUCGACAAACAUGACGUCCACGGACAGCGCAGAAAAGGAGUCAAGGUCAAGGGACAGGCCAAGGGCAAGAACAAGAAGAAGAACGAUCCAGCAUCGCCCGCUUCCGAGAACUCCGACCCGCUGACACCGUCUUCGUCAAUGGUCAAUGACUCGUUUGAGUUUAAGGAAAUCGACUUCCCUGCAGCGAAAUGCCCGAACCGAGAAUCCCACCUUGGAGAUCACUGGAAGUCGGUCAACGUCUUCGCGACACAUCUGAACGGUAGUUGCUACCUUAAGAAGGAUCGCGCCGCUGGUCGAGAAGCAAAUGCCAAGAUCGGUGGCACACCAAGGGAUUCCAGAGCUAGUUCGCCCAAAGCAGGCGUCAACAGUACCAAGAGGAAGGCCGAUGAUGAUGGCCCCGGCGGCAACAAGAAGAAACAGAAGACUGGCGAUGUCAAAAAGAUCGAGAAGAAGGGAGGCUCUGGACCGAGCAAGUUGAAAGAGGUCAACAACGUGGAUGACCAGGGCGAAGCAAGUCCUCUAAAGGAGGCAAAUGGCGACACAAUCUCCGUGACACCGACCAAAGGUGCGAGAGGUGCCAGUUCGGAGCCACCAUUGAAGCUCAAGUUGAAGACUGGGGCAAGUGACAGUAUCGCUCGCAAGAAGCCGAGCAAGACUGGGAAGAAGGCUUAA